AUGACGCCGAGAGAUAGCAUGACCGUAUGGCUCCCGAAGGAGCUGUACAGUUCCGUCCAGCCUUUUGCCGACCUGCGAUAUAUAUGGUGCCCAAUGCCGUUUGAUGACUCUCUACCGGUGGAGCAGACAUCUUUCAUCCAAAUGGGGGGAGACCAUGAGAGUACGGAUGUUCAACAACCAGCUGUGGAAACCAGAUCAAAGGCCUAUGACCGCAAUCGCGACUCUGGUAUCGAUCUCACCAUGCCUUCGCCUCCUCCGAGCAUUGAUACAUUAGCCGAACCAACGGAUACGUCCUGUUCGGAGGCCGAGUCUGAGAAAGAGUUCCCUCUAAGGAGAAUAAGCCAGAACCUUAGCCAAGGCAGGCGAAAGGCGCGGAAGCCGCACCUGCAACGGCCAGGUUAUUCCAAAUCAGAGGAUAACGAGAAACGUCCGGCACGCGAAAGCAGAAGCUUUGCGGUGCAUUUGGGGUUGAAUAUCGAUAUCGAAGUGACUCUGACAGCAAGAGUUCAUGGUGAUUUGGAACUCAGCAUGCCUUGA